AUGAAUAAAACGAACUAUGCUCUCGCCAUGGCGACAUCUUAUGUGCAAGCCAAUAUCACUGCAACCGAUAGCCCCUCGACUCAGUCACGGCCGUCGAUAUAUAAGGCUAUUGGAAUCGCUCUUGCCGUGGCUUCGGGAAAUUUUAUAGGUGCCUCGUUCGUCUUGAAAAAGAUUGGCCUCCUAAAAGCCAAUGAAAAGUAUGGAGAGGCGGCCGGCGAAGGAUACGGCUAUCUGCGAAAUACAUAUUGGUGGGCCGGAAUGAUAUUGAUGAUUAUCGGAGAAAUUUGCAACUUUGUAGCCUACGCUUUCGUCGACGCAAUUCUCGUCACACCUUUGGGAGCCCUAUCUGUUGUUAUCACCACUAUUUUGUCAGCCAUCUUUUUGAAGGAGCGACUAAGCAUGGUUGGAAAGGUUGGUUGCUUUCUAUGUAUCAUAGGAUCGGUGGUAAUAGUGAUGAAUGCGCCUACAGAAUCCUCAGUGGCAAAUAUUCAGGAAAUGCAGCACUUUGUUAUUGCGCCAGGAUUCCUAAGUUACGCGGGUGUAAUAAUAGCUGGAUGCAUAUUUAUCGCGACAUGGGCAUCUCCUCGGUACGGAAAAAAGUCUAUGAUAGUUUACCUAUCUAUCUGUAGUCUUAUUGGGGGUCUCAGCGUUGUGGCAACACAAGGCCUUGGUGCCGCUAUUGUAGCCCAGAUUGGGGGGACAGCACAGUUCAACCAUUGGUUCCUUUAUGUGCUCUUUGCAUUCGUUAUAACAACUCUAGUAACAGAAAUUAUCUAUCUCAAUAAAGCACUAAAUUUAUUCAAUGCGGCAUUGGUAACGCCGACAUACUAUGUUUUUUUCACCAGCUCUACCAUUAUAACUUCAGCCAUUCUAUUUCGAGGAUUUGAGGGAUCGGUGAUAUCGAUACUCACUGUUGUUAUGGGUUUCUUCGUCAUCUGCGCUGGGGUCUGCCUUCUUCAGCUCUCUAAAUCUGCCAAAGACGUUCCAGAUGCCGCCGUCUUUGCUGGAGAUUUAGAUCAAGUCCGUACUAUUGCAGAACAAGAACAACCUGAAUCAGAGCCAAAGGCCGAUGCUAUCCGUGGUACGGCGGCUAUUGUCCGAAGGAUCUCUAGCUCCCGGCAGAAAUGGGAACUUGCUGAGGCAAAGCGGUUGCACGAAGAAAAGCAGCAAGAUCUCGAAACUAUAGGAGAGAACCAGCGUGUUCACGUCCAGUGGGAUGGUCUGAGAAGGCGUACAACCUUUCGCGCAAAUAAUAGUGUACAACCGCGCCCUCCGGCCCGCUACACGGUUCCUGGAUCUCACGCACAUCACCCGCCCUUGGGCAUGUCUACAUUUCCUCUACUAUCUGAUAUAGAGGCAGGCAACAACUCUCCAGUGUCUGGUGUAAUAGGCUCUUCUAUCUUUGGCAAAAUAAUGAAGAAGCGUUAUCAUCCAACUGACUUGACUAGCCAUCCUACUGCUCAGGACCGUACCCAAACACUACCUAAUCUAGUUCCCCUCUCUGAGAUUUCUGUCCUUCAUCAGUCGCAAGUUGCCGACGAUUUAGAUCUGACUUCUCGUGUCAGUGAGCCAGUACUGCCUGAUUGUCACCUCGGCCUACCGUUGAAGUUAAAAGAGUCAAAUAAGGAUGUUAGUCAGUUAGAUUCUGGUAACUGUGCAAGGGAAGUUGGCAGUAGAGACUCAAGUCUAGAAUCAGAAACUUCGGGGCCUCUUCAGCAAUCGCCAAGAAAUUUUUCUUUUCAAAGCUCGCUUAGCCGAUUCCCGGUAGCAACGCAGUCAUUGCCUGACGAUCAAUUAAGUAUUAUAAAUCCUAAAGAUGCGAAACGUGAGAUGAAGAGGAGAUCAGUCGUCCAGGGCGCAUCAGAGGAAGAAAGAUUGGGGUUAGUCAUGGGCGAUGCGAAAAGAGGCGAGGCCAUGGGACAAUCAGAAGCUUGUAAGUUCGAAGAUAAGAAGCAACAUAGGGAUGUUGAUGAUGCUCAAAACGAAAAAAAAUUAUUCGACGGAGAGAUUGAAAUCAAUGAUAAUGUCAGUGCUAUUUCCGGUGUGAAUUCAGAUAAACACCAUUAUGAACGUCAACGGCAAAAGUGGAACUCAUCUAUUGGCCUUGAUACCGCUCGCAGCUCCCUCAACCUAAGCUAG